AUGCCAGAACUGAUAUUGGAAAAAAUUAUAGAAUUUUCAGAUUUCAAAGCUGUUCUGACACUUCGCCAAGUUUGUCGAGAUUUUCGAAAUUUCAUAGACGAAUUGUAUGAUUCAAAAUUGCCGGAUUCAAAUGUUCAGAGUAUCCAAAUAAUAGUGACUUAUGAAGAAUCAAUUGAAUUUGAAUUUGUGAAUUUUGACGAAUCAUCUGACAGUACUUUAUACUCCAAACGGGAUAAUUCAAGAAUUUUCAAUGGAAAAUCAAGAAUUCUGGAGACUUUAGACAUUUUCAUCGUUGCUAUUCAAGAUUUGGCGCGAAUUUUGAAAUUUCAAAAAUCAAUUUUGAAAUUUUUAGAUUUAAUUUUUUCGACGCCUCCGAUUGCUGGACUACAGAUGAGCAAUAUAUUUGGUGCUCUAAAAUUCAAAACGCAAAGUUUAAAAAUUCUGGCGCAAUCGGAAUUUUCGUCAAUUUUGUCAUUGGUUGACCCAGGAACUCUUGAAAUGAUCGAUUUUCAUCUUUGGUAUAAUUCAGAUAUCGAAAUGGACCAAAUCGCUAAAACUGAGCAAUGGAAAAAUGCGAAGGAGUUCAUUAAUAGACCAUAUUCCUUGAAUAUGGAUGUGAAAUUAACUAGUCAUUUUUCAAAAUGCAAUAUUUACGUUAAAUCGAUUUCGGGAACUGAUUUAAACUUCUUGAAAGAGAGCUAUAUUAAAUCUCCGAAUUUUAAAUAUUCCCAUAUCGGAGUUGAAUUUUGGAAUGAAGAACUUUCGAGUGCUUUGGGACCAUUUGAUAUCGAUGGAAUCUAUCGAAAAUGGUAUUUUCGAGUUCAGAAUUCAGAUGAAAACAUGUUGAAAGUCGAAAUUUCGUCAGAAGAGAAACAAAUCGAUUUUGAGGUUAUUCAAAUGGAUAAUGUUCCAGACCAAGUGGUAGUGAAGAAACUUAAUAAUUGA